AUUGCAAACGAACUUCCCGUUCAAUACCUGCACAAUUGACAUUUUCACCACCUCCUUCCUUCCUUAAAAAAAUCCUAUCCAAACAAACACCAUUUUCACACUUACUCUUCCCCCGCCAUUUUAACACCAUCCUCCUUUCAUCUCCCUAUUUCAGAUCUGUUUUUUCAGUGUUGGAACAGAUGACCCCAGUUUGCCCAUUUGUCAAAGCUACUCGUCCUGAUGAUGCCUCUUCGAAAAGAAGUGGUGAAAAUAUAUGUAAACAUGCUGCAGAACAUGAGAGUAAAGCUAAAAGCGAGUCUGUUGUUUCUGGCGUAAUUGAACCUAAGUGUCCUCUUGGAUAUGAUUCUCGUUCAUUCAAAAUUGGCCCUCUCAGCUGUGUGCUAUGCAAAGCCCUUUUGUUUGAGAGCAGUAAAUGUGUGCCUUGCUCCCACAUAUUCUGCAAGGCAUGCAUAUCUCGCUUUAAUGACUGUCCAUUAUGUGGGGCUGAUAUUGAGAAGAUUGAACAUGAUGAAGAAACUCAAAAGCUUGUUGAUAAGUUCAUUGCUGGUCAUGCCAGGAUCAAGAGGUCUCCUGCCAGUACAGAUGCCAAGGAGGAAGUUAGCAAAAAUAAAUCUGUGAUUUAUGAAGAUGUCUCAUUAGAGAGAGGUGCUUUUUUGGUUCAACAUGCCAUGAGGGCAUUUCGUGCUCAGAACGUGGAAAGUGCUAAAUCCAGGCUGUCACUUUGUGCUGCCGAUAUCAGGGAACAGUUAAAGGAAUCUGGUAACAAGCCAGAAUUGUGCUCCCAACUUGGGGCUGUGCUGGGAAUGCUGGGAGAUUGCUGUCGUGCAAUGGGAGAUGCUGGAUCUGCUGUCACCUACUUUGAAGAAAGUGUUGAAUUUUUGUCACAAGUGCCUCCUGACGAUAUGGAGGUUAUACACACUCUUUCUGUUUCACUGAAUAAAAUUGGAGACUUGAAGUACUAUGAUGGAGAUCUGCAAGCUUCAAGAACUUAUUAUUUCCGUUCUUUGGAAGUUCGUCGUAAUGCCAUGUUAAAUCACCAUGAUAAUGCAUCUCUGACUUUAGAUGUAGCAGUUUCUUUAGCAAAAGUGGCUGAUGUUGACAGAGGGCUUGGUUUUGAAGACGGAGCUAUUUCUGGCUUUCGUGAAGGUGUAAACAUGUUACAAUCUUUGAAGAUAGACGCUAGUCAAGUAGCACUUGAACAAAGGCGACUGUCAGUGUUGGAAUUCCUCAAUAGCCAAAUUACAGAAAAUCAACCAGAUCAAACCAGCUAGAAGACAGCUCCGUAUGGACGAAAGUUGUGACACAAGAGUGACAAGACCUCUGUAUGAUUCAGCUUGGGCGAGUAUGUACAAUAAAAGCUUAUGUUUUUCGUGGAGAUUGAGAAUCUGUAGUUGAUGGAGGUACCCUUGGUAGAACUAUGUGAAACCUUGGGAACUUGGAGAUGUUAUGCGGACAACCCUUGAAUGCCAUAUUUAUCUGCUCUUUAGAUGAUGACGAUAUCCUUUGUUCACCUGCUUAUGUGACUUUGUAUCCUGGGAAAAAAUUUGAUUCUCUAAAUUGUCAUCGAUUGUAAAGAAAACCACUUUCCUGUACAUAUAACCUUUAUGUUGUAACAAAUUCUUCAGUGUUGAAACUUGAAAGUAUCAUCCUGUGUUUCCUCAAUAAUAGUAGUCUGGUCUCGACAAAGAUUGCUACUCUUUCUGUAGCAUA